UUUUUUCAUCAGCAACACUGUUAAAACUGUCAAGAAAAUGUAGGUUGAUAGGUCUUGUUUCUCCGCUACUCUACUCCGGUUGCACACAUUUCAUGAUGUUUCGAAUUUCCACACACCAUAAAACAAUUGACGAGUGACAAACAAGUUAAUUUGAAUCAUGUGACCGCGAAACAAGUGUCCACGCGGCAUAAACUUAUUUAGACUAUCUAAAAAACUGUAAUACGCACACAUAAAUAAAUAAAAUAAUUUCCUCAAUAAUCAAUAUUUUGGUGCGACUUAGGUUCGUCAUAAACACAUGUUAUUACACGCUUUAAGUUUUAUGACUACUAAGUGAAUAAUAGGUACUUUAUUGCAGUGUUAAGUGAUUGUUACGAGAAUAUUACAUGUGUAUAAGUGCGAUUUUUUUACGUAACUACUGGUAGUGGUCUUGUAAUGUGAUAGUUACAACACUCGUAUCGGGGGCACAGAAAACUGUUUACAAGCGGUUUAAAUACUUGAAUCAAAAUGGCGCCGCCCGCCAUCUUGUUAACGUGAGCAACUAGCGCCAUCUAGAAAUGUACGAUGCCGCGGAUCAAAUAUGCGACCAUCCUUCGGGUCCUGGUCAUCCUGGGGCUGUUCUGCGUGUGGCUGCAGAUCAUGGUAUCCAGCGGGCUGGAGAGGGACGGAGAAGAGCUGAUGAACGGAAACGACACGUCAGAGCAGGUGCUGGCGCUGGUGCCACAGGAGCUUCAUAAAUAUCUAACCGUCCAUCCUAGGAACAAUACUGCAAACUCAACAGAGCUACCCAAGAAUAUAACAGAGAUCCGCCGCGCCAUCAAACGGUAUAACGACGCACAAACCAUCUACAAUGAGGACAUCUACGGCCCCGUGCUCAACGAUACCGUCAUUAUAGCCAUACAGGUCCACACGCGUCUGACCUACCUCCGCCACCUCAUAGUGUCUCUCGCGCAGGCGCGCGACAUAGAACGCACGCUGCUCGUGUUCUCGCACGAUUAUUAUGACGAAGAAAUCAACAGCUUGGUGCGGACCAUCGACUUCACUAAAGUGAUGCAGAUUUUCUACCCCUACUCCAUCCAGACGCAUCCAAAUGAGUUUCCAGGGGUGGACCCCAAUGAUUGCCCGAGAGACGCCAAAUUCGAACAAGCAAUAAAACUGAAAUGCAACAACGCGCUGUACCCAGAUCUGCACGGGCACUACAGGGAAGCCAAGUACACUCAGACCAAACACCACUGGUGGUGGAAAGCCAACAGGAUCUUCAACCAGCUGCAGUGCACAGCUACCCACACAGGUAUGGUGGUGUUCCUCGAAGAAGACCACUACGUGGCCGAGGACUUCCUCCACGUGCUGAACCUCAUGAGGUCCACGGCCGACAAGACGUGCCCUCAGUGCGAGCUGCUCUCGCUAGGGACCUACCUCAAGACUUAUCAGUACCACGCUACAGCUGAUAAGCGAAAGAAGCAGCUGACUCUGUCGUACAUCCAGCAAGUGCGGGCAGCUAAUGAGGAGCGACGGAGACGGAAGAUGGACUCGACGAGCUGGAACUAUCAGGUGUACCCGAAUUUGUACGGGUACACGCAAAAGGUGGAGAUCACCCCCUGGCAUUCCAGCAUCCACAACAUGGGUAUGGUCUUCAACAGGACCGUGUGGAAUUCCAUCAUGUCUCUGCAGGAUCAGUUCUGCGAAUACGACGACUACAACUGGGACUACUCGCUGCUUCAUCUCUCUCAGAACAGAAAGGGACGGGCGAAGUUCAAGGUCAUGAUGUGUAAGGGCCCGAGGGUGUUCCAUAUUGGGGAGUGCGGCCUCCACCACAAGAAGUCCAACUGCAACGCCAACCUGGUCAUCAGCAAGGUCCAGAAACUCCUCCAAACCACGAAGCACCUUCUGUACCCUAAGAGGUUGACGGCCUCCAUCAACCCUGGAGGCGCCAAGCACAACAAAAAGUUGGUGAAAGGAAACGGGGGGUGGGGAGAUCGAAGAGAUCAAGAGAUGUGCACAAACAUGACCAAGGUAGACCGUCAGUUGAAGAAAUACGUGUAUUUUGCAUGAAUUUGAUAAUUUAAAAAAAAAACAAAUUUGAUUGGAAUUUAAGGUAAAGAGCUCAUUACGCGAUAUAAGCCGUCUCUUUAUAUUUAGUGCGGUGUGAAAAGGACGGAAAGUCGCAGUGAGUAGUGCUAGUCUUUUUGACAUGAUCAAGUAGACGCUAGGCGUCAGGUUUGAGACAGAAAUAGCUCUGUCCCACUCAAGCGAAGAGACUCGGUGUUGAAAAUUGUACAUUUUAACACACUAAAUUAUAAUUACUUUACUUGUUACUAAGAAACUAACAAUGUAAUAAAGGGGUCGUCCAGAAAUCAUGUGAUCAUAUUUGGCCUAUUUUUGACGUGAAGUCCCCAAUCCGCAUGGGCCUAGUGUGGGGACUAUAGCAGGCGUGGCUCACUCCGCGAUUUCGUCGCUUUGCUACAGGUAGCUAAAAGUACAUCCGUUCGACCCCAAUUUUGGGGUUUGCCAUAAGCCGCGCGUGGCGCUGUCCCCACCUAGCGGCCAUAUCUGCGCUGAUCGUGACAGACGCGUUUUGUUAGAGAGUGAGUCGUCUGUACCUAGUACUAUUAUUUAUUCUGUGACUAUAGCCCAAGCCCUCUCGCGCAUGAGAGGAGGCCUGUGCCCAGCAGUGAGACGUAAAUAGGCUGAAUUAUAUUAUUAUAGGUAUCUAUCUAUGUAAAAUUGGAAAUGUCAUUUUUCCACAUAUUGAUUCUUUAGGUAAUCACUUGUAGUGGGACAGACUAUCACACUGAGAUUUUGUACUAGUACAGUCGCCAUCAGAUAUAUCGGAGCGGCCAAGGUGCUCACAAUCAUCUGAACACGCCUACUCUAUUGUCAGGGCGUUAAAGUGCGUGUUCAGAUAUUGUGAACACCUUGGCCGCUCCGAUAUAUCUGAUGGCGACCGUACCGUAGCUUCCAAUGAAAUGGGAAGUAGUAGUUAUAGACGUAAGUAUUUAAUUGAUGUUUCAUACACCAGGGAGUUUAUACAUAUAAAAACAUGUCCAUUCAUCUCGAUUAUAUGUGACGUUCUAAAUAAAAAGGUACCACAUUGUCGCUUGCCAUGAGGACGCUCUGACAGAUUAUUCGUAUAAAAUAUACAAGCAAAUCAAUCGAAUCGAAUCAGAAAUGAGGAGAUCCGUAAACGAACUAAAGUCACCGACAUAGCCCACCGGAUUAGCAAGCUGAAGUGGCAAUGGGCAGCCCACAUUGCGCGCAGAGAAGAUGGUCGAUGAUGGGGUCGAAAAGUGCUCGAGUGGAGACCACGGACUAGCAAGCGCAGCGUAGGACGUCCACCCACAAGAUGGACGGACGACCUUGUUAAGGCCGCCGGAAGACGCUGGAUGCGGGUCGCUUCCAACCGGUACGAAUGGUGGCCAAGGGGGAGGCCUAUGUUCAGCAGUGGACGUGUUAUGGCUGAGAUGAUGAUGAUUAUGAUACAAGCCAAUUUCGUCUUUAUGGUAAGCGGCAAAGUGGUACCUUUUGAUUGAGAGCGUCACAUAUGUUGAAAAGUAUAGUCAGACAUAGAUGUUAUUGUAAAUGUUGACAAAAAAGUAGUUUUUGUAUGAAUUUGACCUUGACUACUUAGAUAUUUAUGACUGACUGUACCUACAGUCGGUGAGAUAUUAAAGCGCUUCGGAUUCUAAGACGAUUUCGGCUGUAUAUGACACUAAAAGAUUUUGAUACUAAAAUUGCAGAUUUCGCAGCCGUAGGGUUUUUUUAAAGACCCAAGGAUUUGUGUUAAAAAAAAAGCGAGAUUUGAUUAAAAAUUGUAAAGUAUUAAGUUAAAAGUAUUCAGGAAAAUGUAUUAAAUGUACUUAAAGUAGUUAGGAUUUGAAUAUUCCUGUAAGAAUUAUAUUUUGUUGAGAAUUUAAUAUUUCUGUAAAAAUAAUGUUUUGUUGAAAAUUGUUACCAAUCGCCAUUGAUGAAACGAUUGUUCAAAGUAUUUAAUUUUUAAGUAUUAUAUGUUUGUUUCCCUUUAUUGUAUUGCUUUUAUCAGUAUUUAUUUUGUAUCAUUUACGACAUAAUAGAUGUUUUAUCCACCGCGAUAAGUGACAAAAGACUCGAACGCGAGAAAUCGAUUUGUAUAUCGCACAAUGUUUAUUAUUACAUUUAUUACAAAUGUAUUUUCACGGAAACGUACUAACGCGUCUCGCUAUUUCAGUCAGUCUCGGUACAAAAAGUACUGUGGUUGACUGAAGUAGCAUGACAAAUACGAACGCUUCCGAGAAAAUACGAUGGAAAACAAUUAGGUACACAUAUUUGCGCUUUAAUCGUUUAUAUUGUUGUAUUUUUUUUUAUUUGUACAUGUGUUAUGUCGGGCCAUAUUAGUGCAAUGAGAGUUCAAAGAUUUGCUACAAUCAGUUUUUUAUCUAAAUAAUUAAUAUCCCGUCCUUAAAUGAUCUGACAUUCGCAAGCCAUUUUCCACAUAUUUAAAAUUAUUUUAAUUUAACUGAAUUUUAUCCUUUGUUAAGUAAAUGUAAAGUAUCUCAUUUUAGUAAAUGAUGAAAAAAAUAUUUGGGUGAGUGUGUCAGCUUGUUUCUCGCUUUUUUUAUUAUCCAUUCACAUGUCUAAAUAUUCGUAUGCCUAAUUUCACAUCGAAUAAUGCCUAAAGUAGACAUUUCUUCACCUUAUUUCGAGUAGAUUUUUAUUAAUUCAGUUACGAAGAGGAAAAUAUGGUAGGGUAAUUCGCCAGUAACUGGCCACCCUAAACUAAAAAUGAAUCCUAUUCACCUAUAAACAGAAUUCAUUUUAGUAUAAGUUUUCAAUAACUGGCCACCUUAUACCUACCAAAAUGAAUUCUAUUUAUAGGUGAAUAGAAUUCAUUUUUGGUUUGGGGUGGACAGUUACCAUAUCAGUUAGGUACUUUAUCUGGAUUAUAUGUAUUAUACACGAUUUCCCGUGUCCAUGAGUAGUGUUAAUUGCAGUUUUUUUAUUAAUGGUUAUGAGAUAUAAAAAGUAAUAAAUACCUACUUUCACUUUAGUAACUAGUUACGAAAUGGAUACAACAAAUAUAACGUCGUUUACAUCUUUGUAUAUAUGUAUUUUUUUGUAAUUCCAAAGCGCAAAUACAUAAUUUUAAGGUAAAUAAUAUAUUGUGCUGUUUUUAUAUCGCACAAAACAUUAGAACAUGCAUCAGACCUGCUGUUAUAUUGUACAGUCGACGUCAAAGAGAUUUUUACGACUAACGUUACAAAAAAUUAUUUACACGACUUUAUUGUCAUAGCAUUUAGGUCGUGUAAACAUUUUUUUGUUACUUUGGCUGUAAAUUUCUCUUUGACGUCGACUGUACAUGAAAUAAUACAAAAAAAAAAGUAUAUAGCAGGCGAGGUGAUAAAAUUGAUUUUAAUACAUAAUAGCAAGUAAGAGUGUGUAAAUCAUUAUUACAGUGCAUAUGGUAGUACUUUACCGCCCUAGAGCGGUCAUUAAGAGCCAACAGGAGUGGUCAUUUCUCCAUACAAACGUACUCUGCGUUUUCCUCCGUGGUUUUUGAAGCUAGAGCAAUGAUUUUUUCAACACAGAUUAAUAUUGUCAAUAUCUGUGUCGGACCGUUUAGCUUUUUUUGAUAUUUUUGUUUUUUAAGGCGCUAGAGCCCUUCAAAAAUGGCCAAAAUGGCCUAAUUGACUAUGCCGCAAUGAGAGGCGUGGCAUUCAAAACUGAUAUCAAUUAGCCAAAAAAGCAAAACGGUCCGACACAGAUAAUUUCAUAAUCAUUUAGAUUUCCAAAUUUGGUUACGAUUGGUUAAGUUUUGGAGGAGGAAACAGAGGAGUACGAAACCUCGAUUUUUGAGAUUUUUACGCAGGAUUUUUCGCCUUGUCCUUAUCGCACUACUUUAAGGUGCCGUUUCCGUUAGCGAGACGGGUAUAUUUACCUAAAAUAUUUAAAACUCAGCUCCUGUUUCGUCUUAACACAAUACGUGCAUAUGCCGAAUGUUUAAACUAUUUAAAGGGCCAUAUGUACUGUAAAACGUUGUACAAUACACGUGCGAAAAAGUAAUUCGCAACUCGUGUCGAUUUAAAACACUCCCUUCGGUCGUGUUUCAAUUUAUCGCUCGUUUCGAAUUUCCUCUUUUCCGCACUUGUAUCGUAAAUAAGCAUUGAUCAAUAACUUUAGAGCAAAGAAACAAAAUUUGUGAUUAAAUAUUUUUUAAUUUUCAUUGGUGACUAGUCUUUUAAAAAGUAAUUAUUUAUGCACCUAUGCCUGAAAAUUAGGUAUAUUUGGGUAAUUCCGUAAAUGGGCUCUGAUAUGAUGGAAUUGUAGUCUGGCAAACACAACUUGCCAGUAAAUUAAAAAGUACGAAGAAGAAUAUGCUUGUCCCUUUCUUUUUGGGUGCUAGUACUAGCCUAAGACAAAGACAGUAUGAUUCUCUCUGUCUAUGUUUGAAAUUAGGCGGUCCUGGGCCAAACUAUAUAAACAAUUUUUGAUUAGGGGUCGUGCACAAAUCACGCGAGGUUCGAUAGGGGAAGGGGGGUCACAAAAACUCACGAUAGAUCACGUUGGGGGAGGGGGGGUAUAAGGAAACCUCACGUGUAUUUUUCUAUAGUAAACGAAACUAAGAAAAAAAACCAACCACAUGAGUAAAUACCUUUUCUCGGUUUCGUUAAACAUAAAUCUUAACUCUGCACUUCAAAAUAGCGAAUGUAUUUAACGAAAAUAGAAAAAUAAACAAUAUUUUCUAAAUACAACACUAUUUAUCUUAAAAUUAGGUCGAAUGAAAAAAAUACGUGAGGUUACGUGGGGGGAGGGGGGUAGCCAAAAACCUCACCAAAUAUCACCAAGGGGGAGGGGCGGUCAAAAAGUAGCCAAAAAUACCUCGCGUGAUUUGUGCACAUUUAGCCGACAUCUGGGGAUGUUUCGGAGUAACCCAAAUGCACCUUAAGAUGGCUGAUAAUUAAGGAAAUAACACGUUUAAAUAACAAUUUUACUUUUUAACAAUCUGAAACAACUGUGUAACAGUUGCCAACCAAAGACGAGUAAAUAAUAAAAACUGCUUGUGUUCUUGUUUAGAGUUCUGUCUACGGACAGUCAAACGAUUAGAAUUGCAUGAAGACCAGUCUUUAUCAUUAACUCGUCUAAAUGUACCUAUAUAUUAAGAUUAAUUUGAUUUUGUACUAAAGAAAUAACUUUGUUUCCAGACUUUUUCCUUGCCUUGAAGGUAUUUUUGAUUUGUUUUUGGUUGUUUUUAUUAUAAUAUAAUUUAUACAAAUUCA